AUGACAAUCCAAAUUUACCACGACCAUGAUGAAGUUUCUACAGAGGAAUUUGAAAAUCUUCGCGAACUAGUCACAGAGGGUGACUUCAUCACUGGAGUAAACGUCGAGAAUGCUUCCUAUGGCGCAGGGAUAUGCGCUGAAAGAGCAGCUGUUUCGAGAGCAGUGAGCCAAGGUCAUCGAACAUUCAAAGCCAUUGCAAUUGCUGCAGAUACACCAAAACCGAUCGUACCUUGUGGAAUAUGUCGGCAGUUCAUGCGGGAGUUCAACAAAGAUCUUGUGCUUUUCCUCUUUAGUAAGCAUUCAGAUUACAUCAAAGUUUACUUGAAAGAUCUUCUUCCUUUAAGUUUUGGACCAGAGGAUUUGGAUAUUGAAGCUAAGUAA